AUGUCCAACGUGCCCACCUCCCUCCGCGACUCCUCCCUCACCGUCUUCCGCCUCGCCAUCUCCAGCUCCGACCCUUGGGCGGCGCCCAAGGGGUGCGUGACGGUGCGCGUGGGCGCCGACGGCGAGGAGCAGCGCCGGUUCGCCGUCCCGCUGGGCCACCUCAGCCACCCGCUCUUCGCCGCGCUGCUCGAGGAGGCGGAGCGCGAGUACGGCUUCCGGCACCAGGGAGCCAUCGCAAUCCCCUGCCGCGUCGACCGCUUCGUCCACGUCGAGCAGCUCAUCGACCGCGACCUCGGCGACCACCACCUGCACCUCGUCGACCUGGACAACUGCGGCGCCACCCUCACCGCCGGACACAGCAACAGCCACAUCCAGCUGCCGCGCUUCGUCGGCUGCUUCCGCGACUGACGGGAUGGGCCCAACCACAGAUCGGGGCGCUCGAUGGCUCGAGUUCUUGAUGUUUGCUGUUUACACGGUGAAUUGCUUCGUUAGUCGAGAGCAUUCGUCCGUGCUGGUUUGUUACCCCGACCGUUCCCGUCUUUCGUUGGCCUGCUACGGUAGCUUCCGUUGGUUCGUGCGGGGAGAAAGUCGGAGGAAGAUUUCGAUGUUGAUGAUGAUGAUGAAAAAUUGUGAUCGAUCUCAAGUGUAAAGACAGAAUACUAGUAAUUGUUAGCUUUAUAUGAAGUUCUCUUUUCUCCUUUGUCCAUAUGCUUUGAUUCGUUGCUCUCUGCAGAAAAAAGUGGCUUGUUAAUUAAAUUUC